ACUCUUUAAUCAAAUCAGUUCCACCAUGAAGACCUUCCCAUCAAGACCAUCAUCCCGGAAGGCGUCCUUCGCCAAGGAAGCCACCAAACGAUUCAAAGCUAAUCAGCGCGAAAGGAACCGGAUGCACGGACUGAACGACGCACUGGAUCGUCUCCGUCGGUGUGUUCCGUUGCCCCAGUCGUUCAACGUCAUCGUCAAAUGUGACCAGACGGUACCGCAGAAGUUGUCCAAAAUUGAAACGCUACGUUUGGCCAAGAACUAUAUCUUCGUUCUGUCGGAAGCCCUUCGCCGAAAUCGGCCUUUCAGCUACGAGGACCUGAUGGACGCCCUGUCCAAUCGGUUGAGUCAAAAUACGUGCAAUCUAUUGCGAACCCGGCUGCAGCUGGAUGACGAGUUGAAAGCAGCUCUGGUGGAACCACGUUGCACCAGGGAUCUCUGCUGCUGCUGCCGGUGUGAUGGAUCAUGCAGUUACGGAUGUUGCACUACCGGAAUGAGAAUCGUAAAGCAGACAAGAAUCAGCACACCCACCCAGCUCUAUGGAUACAUUGAUGAAAAUUGUACUUGUGAUGUGAAAAGCUUUAAUUUGCCAAAUAUAAAAGAUUAUCAAUAAAUCGCAUUGAAAGUAUAA